CUCCUAAAUUUGAGGACACAUGGCUACAUCAGAGGGUUCAGAGAGUUUUGAUUCCAUGGAUGAGGACAUAACUCAAGUGACACGCACUAAAAGGUCGAAAGUAUGGGAGCACUAUGAACCAGAUCUGAUUGUCGUGGAUGGUGACCUGAAGGCGGUGUGUAGAUAUUGUGGAGUGCAACUUCAGACCAAGUUUGGGACUAGCAGUUUGAGGUCACAUAUCGCAGAGUCUUGUAAAUCAAUUGAGGAUGCUUGCAGGAAAAGGUUUUUGCUGACCAUGAAAAACAAGCCCGAAUCAUUUUUCGUAUUUGACCCAAAAGUUUGCCGUGAGUUGAUGGUGAAGUUUUGCAUCCAUGCUGAGAUUCCUUUUCUGAAGUUCGAAGAUCCCUACCUUCAGCCAUGGAUUGACUCAAUGCAACCAGCAUUUCAACUCGUUGGUCAUCACACGAUUCGCGAUGACGCAAAGAAGAUGUAUGAAGGAAUGAAGAAAGAUAUUGAAUUUGAGCUGCAAAAUUUGGAUUCUCGCAUUUCUUUAACAUCAACAUGUGGACUUCAUCACAGAGCUUGGGUUACAUGUCCAUUACUGCCCAUUACAUCAAUGCAGAAUUCAAUUAUAAGAAGAAGAUCAUUAGUUUCAAAGAAGUAAAGUACCCUCACACUGGCUAUGCAAUAGAAGAAGCAAUUGUGGGUUGCCUAACAGAAUGGGGCAUAAGGGGCAAGCUGUUUACUUUGACAUUAGAUAAUGCCAGCAAAUAAUACUAGUGCUUGUGAAGAAUUAAUAAAAUAUCACAAGUAUGAGCUGCUCCUUGAAGGUCAACAUUUGCAUGUUAGGUGUUGUGCCCACAUUCUCAACAUCUUAGUUCAGGAUGGAAUGAAAAUAAUACAUGGAGCUAUUGACAAGAUACGUGAGCUGCUGAAGCAUGUAGACUCCUCUCCAGCAAGACUUCAAGACUUCAAUACAAUUGCUAGUAGGAUGGGUCUGUCUACAAAGAACGGUAUCUACCUUGAUGUACCAAAUAGAUGGAACUCCACUUGGAAAAUGCUUGUAGAAGCACAGAGAUACAAAUCUGUCCUUAAUAGUUAUGCCAGUCAAAAGUUGGAAAUUUCUCCAAGUGAGCAAGAAUGGAAGAAAGCUGAAGCUAUCUGUGAAUUUCUUAAAGCAUUUGAAGAGCUGACCUUAACCGUUUCAGCUCACAGGAAGCCAACUGCUCAUAAGUUUUUGCCAGUUGUGCUCUGUAUUCGCCAUGCAUUGAAAGAUCCGGGUUGGCAGACCCAUGAUGUGUUGAAAGAAUUGGCACUUGUGAUGCAAACUAAGCUAGACAAAUAUUGGGAUCCUGAGGAGAAGGAGAAUGAAGAGCCUAAUCGUCGCAGAAAAAGCAAGGAAAUUGAGCUUAACGUCGCACUUGUCAUUGCAACAUUCCUUGAUCCAAGGAGGAAAGAAGACUACUUGUAUUUCUUUUAUAGCAAGGUGUGUAGCAAUGAGGAGAUGGUUUCCAAACAAGUGGUUAUUGCUCUAGACUGGGUUAAAAAGUAUGUGAAAGAAUAUGAGCUACUUGCGGCGACAAGCACUGCAUUUUCAACACCUCCUAGUCAAGGCAAUACGACCAUUGGAUCGCCAAUUGCAGGGAAAAGAAAGCUGGAAGAAGAGUUUGCACAAUACAAGUCUCGCCGAAGGUCACGUGUACACAAGUCCGAGCUUGACACGUAUUUGGAUGAAUCAUGUGAGGAGGACACUCUUGACUUCGAUGUCCUGGGUUGGUGGAAGAAAAGUGCUGUGAAAUAUCCUAUAUUGUCAUCUAUGGCACGCGAUUUCCUUGCAAUUCCUCUCAGCACGGUGGCAUCUGAAUUAGCAUUUAGUUGUGGUGGUAGGAUACUUGGAGACACUAGAAGCUCAUUAGCCCCUGAAAUGCUACAAGCUUUAGUUUGUGCUAAAGAUUGGCUAUUUAUACCGAAGGGAGAUGAAGGACAAGGACAUGAAGGAUAGAUCUAGCACGGACUCUUUGGUCUCCUAGGUAUGAGAUGCAGCAUCUCCAUGUCACCGAGACCCUCCCUCGGAUGGUAGCUCUCUCGGAAGCCUACAUGCAGAUAUACGAGCAGCACGAAUGAAGUGACGGGGACGGAGAACGGUGGUCAUGGUGUAGCCUUCCACACCCACCUUCUUUGCUUACCAGAAAACAUUUUUGUUGUGAAUCUUUAUGUUGCUAUCAU